UCAAGUAAGUUUGGGAGAUAUAAAAAUAAAAGAAUCAAGUUUAAAAUAACAAAACAGGAUUAAUUCAGAUGAAUGUGAGAAGUAUAUAUAACUUAAAUAAGUACUGGAGAAGAAUUGAAAUUAGAUUUAUUUAAAUAUCAGAUUUAAAAAUUAAAAUGUCGCCUGUUCUGAAACCUACUAUUAUCCAGCGGAAUAAUUCUAGACACCUGGUGCCACCUUUAGAGAAUAGCCGCCCAGUUUUUCGUUUGGAAAUAAUGGACGAUGCUACUUUGGAAUUAAAACUCAGAUUACAUGGACGAACAAUUAAAACUGGAUGCAAAAAUAUUGAUAAUGUAUUAAGUAAUGGAGGUAUUCCUGUGAAUAGUAUUGUAGAAAUAUCAGGUGAAAGUAGUUGCGGCAAGACGCAAAUAUGUUUACAAUUAGCUAUAACAGUUCAAUAUCCUGAAGAAAUGGGUGGUUUGGAUGCUGGUGUUAUUUAUAUUUGCACUGAAGAUGCAUUUCCGUCUAAGAGACUUUCUGAUUUAUGCGAUGAAUUUGUUAAGCAUUUACCGAAACCACCAAAGAAUAUAGAUUUUGGAAAAAAUGUAUUUGUAAUACAUGUUUAUGAUUUGAAACAAUUUCAAACGUGUCUUUUUGAACAAGUACCUAAUUUAAUAUCGCGUAUGAAAAUUGGAUUAAUUAUUAUCGAUUCAAUUGCUGGCAUUUUUCGUUAUGAUUGUGACAUACCAUGGGUAAAAAAACUAGAAAUUUUAGAAAAAGUAGCCAGGAAAUUACAUGAUUUUAUUGCUGAUGAUUAUGUUGCUGUGGUUUGCGUUAAUCAGGUAACGACGCAAAUUGAAAAUGGUGUAAGUAAACUUGUCCCCUCAUUAGGUGAUUCUUGGGGGAAACAUGUAUUAACAAGAAUCGAAUUACAACGUAGUCGAGAUGAAACUAAUCCUGAGCGUACUUUCACGGUAACUCUUGAUCGAGACAUACCUGGAGGAAGUUGUAAAUUUACAAUUCAACCUUAUGGAAUAAUAUAAUAAGUAUUCAACAUAAAAAAAUAUUUUAAUAAAAGUCAGAGUUAUUGUUCAUACGUAAAAUAUAUCAUACAGGUCCGGUUGAAUAUUUUUUAGUAUAUUUCGCAGUAGACUUGUCUCAUUUAAUGCCUUUAAAAUCGCAUAUCCGUCAAAAAUUUAUUGACCAUUUUGCGUGUAAUAUAUAAUUUGAUAUUUUGGAUUCAAAUAUGAUAGGGGUGUAUAAGGGUCAUGUAAUUUAGAUGCAAAGAGGAAAUAUAUUAUGAAAUUUUCGCCAAAAUUGACCCCUUUUUUAUGACAUACUAUAAUAUAAAAUAAAAUAAAAGUUGAACUUACCUAUUCAUCAGUAUUAAUUGUAGAGUUCAUUGUGAUCAAUUCUCUUAAGUAACCAAUCCAGAUUCUUCUUUAUGUCUACCACAUGGUUUUGAUUGGUCCUUGAGAAUUCUCGCUUACCUCUGGACAUUUUUUGUCGAAAUUAAUAGUAUUACUUAGUUUUCUACAAAGCCGAAUGUGAUAAAAAUUUACAAAAAAAAAACACAUACUUUUAUGAAAUUAAUUUAUUAAAAUAGUUAUAUAAUAAAAUGAACAUGUUAUGCAAUCUUGUUAAUGGGGGAAUGUAAUGUGUUUAUAAACUAAAU